UUCUGCAGGCACCUCUGGAGCUGCUUCCCGGCCUCCCUUCCCACUCCACUGGAAUUGGCUGCUCUUCCCUGUGCCUCUCCGGAGCCGCUUCCCGGCCUCCCUCCCUGCUCCUCCGACACCGGGAUCAGGAUAUACUCUUCUGCAGACACCUCCGGAGCCACUUCCCGGUCUCCCUUCCCACUCCUCCGACAUUGGCUGCUCUUCCAUAGGUGCCUCCAGAGCCUCUUCCCGGCCUCCCUUCCCGCUCCUCUGACACCGGGAUCGGGAUACUCUUCCGCAGGCGCCUCCAGAUCCGCUUCCUGACCUCCCUUCCCGCUCCUCCAGCACUGGGAUCAGGCUGCCCUUCCCCACACACCUCCGGAGCCGCUUCCUGGCUUCCUCCCUUCCCGGGAGCAUGGGCGGCGGGUGAUGUCCGCGCGCGCCGGCCGCCGGGAACGCCGCCCGCUCCGGCUCCAUGGCGGAGCACGCGGAGCUGCUGGCGGAGCUGCCGGCGCUCUCCCGCCUCGGCGCUCCGGAGCGCCUCCGGCAGGCGCAGCGCCGCCGCGCCCAGCAGCUCAAGCGCUGGGCGCAGCUGGAAAAGGAGCCCCGGGAAGCGCGGCCGGAAAAACGCCGGAAAAGCGGGAAUGCCGACAAGCGGGUGACGUUCCCGGACGGCGUCCGGCUGCUGGACGCAGCCGCCCGCAAUGACGUCGAGGAAGUCCGCCACUUCCUGCAGAGCGGCGUCGACCCCGACCUGGCCAACGACGACGGCCUCACGGCGCUGCACCAGCUGCACGUGGCCGCGGCGCACGGCUACGCCGAGGCCGCCGAGCUGCUCCUGGAGCACCGCGCCAGCCCCGGCGCCAGGGACGAGGACGGCUGGGAGCCCCUGCACGCCGCCGCCUGUUGGGGACACGUGCAGCUGGUGGAGCUGCUGGUGGCCCACGGCGCCGACCUCGACGCCAAGUCGCUGCUGGAUGAGACGCCGCUGGACGUGUGCGGGGACGAGGAGGUGCGGGCCAAGCUGCUGGAGCUCAAGCAGCAGCGCGAGGCCGUCAUGAGGGCGCACGAGAGGCACAAGUCGCCGCUGCAGCGUCGCACGUCGAGCGCCGGCAGCCGCGGGAAGGUGGCCCGCAGGGGCAGCGGCAGCCACCGCUACCGGCGCGAGCAGCGGCGCGAGGCCCUGGUGUGGCAGCGCCGCGACAAUGACAAUGACAAUGACAAUGACAACGACAAUGACGACGGCGACGGGGACAGCGAGCGGCCCCCCGACGGCCCGCGCCCGCCCCCGCUGCUGCGGCUCACGGCGCCCGCCGAGGACGCGCCGGGUGACAAGCGCCGCUGCUGCCAGCUCAUGUGA